AUGUCUCGUGCAGUGGCUCACUUGCUGCGGGAUGUGGCUGCCAGAAGGCCGGGCCCCAUCACCAAGAUCGGCCUGGGGACCUUUGUUGAUCCGCGCGAGCAGGGCGGCAAGAUCAACAGUCCCUCACAGGCAGACGCAGUGGAGGUGGUCACUCUUGGAGGCCAGGAGUACCUCUGGUACAAGGCGCCUGCCAAGAUCGAUGUGGCUCUGCUGCGCGGCACCAAUGCAGACCUGGACGGCAAUAUCACCUUUGAGAGGGAGUCCCUCCUCACAGACGCCUUGAACCAGGCAAUGGCGGCGCACAAUUCUGGGGGCAUUGUCAUAGUGCAAGUGGAGCGGCUAGUUGCGCCAGGCAGCCUCAACUCGCGCCUGGUGCACCUCCCUGGUGCCAUUGUCGACAAGAUUGUGGUGGCGCCUGCGGAGCUGCACCGGCAGACAAUAACGAUGGCGGGGCACGACGCGUCGCUGACUGGGGAGAUCCGGGCGCCGGCCUCGCACAUCCAGGCCAUGCGGCUGGACGAGCGGCGCAUCAUUGCGCACCGGGCCAUGCUGGAGAUCUCGCGGCCAAACACCAUCGUCAACCUGGGCAUCGGCAUGCCAGAGGCACGUCAUGCCUCUCCCGAGCAGCUGCUAGCAAAACCUAAGGGACAAUCAGAUGGAGUGGCUAGGAUGGUUGCGACCCACGGCAGCGCACAGAUACCAAAUGCGCUGCCAGCACACCUCACCACAGAGGCGGGCAUGUUUGGAGGCUUCCCUGCCGGGGCUGCGAGGUUUGGUGCCGCGCACAAUGCUGACUGCAUCGUGCCAUGCGCAACCAUGCUGGACUUCUACAAUGGGGGCGGUGUUGACAUGGCCUGCCUCGGCGCUGCUGAGGUGGACCAGGAAGGCAAUGUGAAUGUGCACAGCUUCCCUGGCAGGCAGCCUGGCUGCGGUGGCUUCAUAGACAUCUCCCAGGCAGCCAAAGAGGUCAUCUUUGCUGGCACCUUCACCACUGGCGGCCUCAAGGUGACUGUGGAGAAUGGCAAGUUGAGGAUUAUUCAGGAGGGGCGCUCGCGCAAGUUCAAGCGCAGAGUGGCCGAAAAAACAUUUGCAGCCUCGUCUGCAAAGGGGCGCCGAAUCUUGUAUGUGACAGAGAGAGCAGUGUUCAGGCUGAGGGAGGGAGAGGGAAUAGAGCUGACAGAGAUAGCGCCGGGAGUAGACCUGGAGAGAGAUGUUCUGGCUUUCAUGCCGUUCAGGCCGUUGAUGAAGGAUGUGAAGAUCAUGGACAAGCGAUGCUUCAUGCCUUGA